CCUCUCCUUCUUUCUUCAUCGCUUUCUGUGUCUUCUCCUUUCUUCCUUUUUUUAAUGCUGUUUUGUGCUGCAGACCCAUUCCUCGGUUUGUUCUCUCGCUACUUUCCCACCCUUUCCGUAUAGCUGAAUCUGCAUUAUUUUUUUGUGAAACAAACAAACAGCGAUCAGACCACCGCUGCCACCGUUGGAUGCAUAGUCCUGUACCUCGCAUCUUUCCUUGUACCCGUCCUUGCACCCUUGUAUCCUUCCUUGUACCCAUUUACUGCACAUUCCUUCUUUGCAUAACACCAUGGCUACUUCUACACCCACUUCAUCUUCAUCUUCAUCCUCACGACAAACCGACAGCCAAAUCCAACUCAACAUCGAGCGCAAUCACCGCACACUCCCCCUCCCCUCAACCCUCUCACCCUCCCAGCCAUCUAAUUACCCUUCUAUCCCCCGUUUCCCCCCCACUGCCUCCAACAGGGUCAAUGGAACCUAUACCCUCACCACCCCCACUGCCCGCAGCAAUACCCCUCAUUCACGCAUCGGAACCAGUAGUGCAUCAAGUUCUCCGCCAGGAACACCUCCUAGUGGUUUACGAAAGUACUACCUCAAUGCUGCGUUCCAACGGUCUCAGCAUCCCAUCUACCCCAUGGGCUCGGGUUCAGCACCUGGACCGUCUACAACGCUACAUCGUCCUAGUAUCUCGAUCUCUAUCCCGCUGCAGAACACAAGGAUCCAGGUCCCGAGGCCAGCACUGGCGAAAAGGUCUUAUUCUGCGGAUCAGCUGAAGACGAACGAGCCAGAGAUCAUGGUGACAACGCCUGGGGGUACGAGCUCGACAGAGAGUCAUGUCCUGACCUUGCAGCGCGCGCUUUCUGACCUGAUCGAGAAUGAGAGCAGAGAAGAAGAGGUCGAGGAUGAGAUCCUCGAUGAUGGGCCUAUCACCAUGAGGACACGGAAAUCACCAUCGCCUUCGUCGUCAUCUACUCCGCCAGGGACACCUCCCCACAAGAAGGGCGCUACAAAAUACCCAAAGGUAGUUGUCGAUCGGCUGGAUCCUGAGAAGUCCCCGGCGGCGACGGCUCUGCUGACACAUGGAGCCGGAGGAUCGGAUGUGACGUUGGCGGCGACCGCGGAUAUGGCAGAGAAGGAGACACGGAGCAGUAGCAGUAGCGUCAAGGCUAAGAAGAGGGCCAUCAGUCGACUCUCGAAAUUCCUGUAUCGGGAUGCGUCGAUGGCUCCAGUAGAUAAUCAGGAAUAUAACCUAGCUACGAACACGAACGCUGAUCUCACUCGACAGCCAUCCAAGGGCGGUGUGCUCAGCAACUUGCUGAAACUACAGGGUAGCGGGCGUCAAUCCAAGCGUGUGUCGCGAUCAAAGACAUCCAAGGAGAAAAAAAUAAAGCGCCCGGUUCUGUACAGUCGCUCCGCUAACCACUCGGCCGCCUCCCUCCACACCAAAUCCGUCUUUGGGACCUACCCACCCUUGCCAGCAACACCCUCCCAACCACCAAUGACGACCGCCACCACCACCCUCUCGAACUUCCAGCCCAACCCCCGCAACAACACCGGCGGUCGCGUCCCCAUCCAAUUCGACAACUCCUUUGGCCAAUCCUUCUCCGCCAUGAACUCUCCCUUCCAAUCCCCCAAUAUCUCGCCCCGUGGAUCCUUCUCUGCCGGCGAGAACGCCUUCUUGUUUGGCGCCUCCGGUAGCGGGACCAACAGCCCCGGCAGUAUCGGCAUCGGUGUCGCGGCCCUGUCGAACGAAGAAAAGAUGCGGAUCACGAUUGCGGUCGCAGAUAUCCUUGAACGCCAGGAUUAUAUCCUACGACUGGCCAAGUCCAUGAUCAAAUACGGCGCACCCUCACACCGGCUCGAAGCUGCGAUCGACCAUUCCGCCCGGACGCUCGAACUCAACCUCCAAUGUGUCUACCUUCCGAACGUGAUGAUCAUCGCCUUUACGGAUUAUGAGACCCAUACCUCGGAGACCCAUCUCCUCAAGGUCUCUGCAGGGCUAGAUAUGUACAAAUGUGCACUCGUCCAUCAGGUCCAUAAGCUGGUGACCCAUUCCUCAAUCCCUGUGGAGGAGGCGAUCAUGAGGUUGGACGCGAUCAACUCGGAAAAGGACGCGAAUCCUCGAUGGCUCACCGUGCUGGCCUAUGCGGUAGCAUCCUUUUGUACCGCACCCAUGUUCUUCAAGGGCUCUUGGAUUGAUGCAGGGGUUUCCUUCUUGAUCGGCGGCGCUGUUGGGAUGCUAGUCUGGCUCUCCGAAAAGGCUCCCAGUUACGCCCAUAUCAGCGAGAUCACCAUAUCCGUCAUCGUCGCCUUGGUUGCAGAAGCACUCCAUCGCUAUAAUGUCUGUCAGGGCGCCGUCAAGCUGGCUGGGAUCGUCAUCAUCCUCCCCGGGUACACUAUCACCUGUGCAAUCCUCGAACUCAGUUCCCGACACAUCAUCUCGGGUUCUGUCCGACUCUUCUACGCCAUCAUGUUCUCGCUCUUGCUCGGGUAUGGUCUCACCAUCGGUGCCUCGAUCUGGACGCUCUUCGAUCCUUCGAGCCAGGGCGAAAAAUUCACGAACACCUGCCCCUCGGACCCACUCGAUCCGAAAUGGAACAUUCUCUUCGUCCCUCUGUUCGCGAUCUCGCUCAAUAUCUGGAUAAAGGCCCACGCACGACAGUGGCUCCUGGCCACGAUCCUCUCCAUCGUCGGUUACGCCGUUAGUUAUUCAUCCUCGACCUACGCGGGUGCCAAGACUGAGGUCUCCUCGGCCCUCGCGGCCUUUGCGAUCGGGCUCCUUGGGAACGUGUACCAGCGAUUGACAAGACAGUUGACUUUCCAGGCCGUGGUCUGCGCGGUGUUCUUUUUGGUCCCCGGAUCCAUGGGUCUCAAGGGGGCCAUGUCACUGUUCACGGACGACAUGACCGGCGGAGUGAACUUUGCACUCCAGAUGGUGAUCACGGCGAUCGCGAUCAGUGUCGGACUCUUUACCUCGGCCUUGGUUGUUUAUCCCAUGGGCAAGAAGACUCGCUCCGCUCAAAUGACUUUCUAGGAUACAGACAGAAAGUGCUAUGGCCUUUUGCAGAUAAAAUAUACAAUAUGA